UAAACAUUAUUAAUUAUCAUUAUUAUCCAAAAUGGCAACAUCAUUCCCUAUGAAUGCUGGUGAUGGUCCUUAUAGCUACUCAAAAAACUCCCAUUUGCAGAAAGAACUGUUAGAUAGUGCAAAAGACAUCAAAAUCAUGUCUUCUUCUUCAAAUACAUUACACAUUGCAGAUUUGGGAUGUUCAGUUGGACCAAACACUUUCAUUGCAAUGCAACAUGUUGUACAAGUUCUAAGAGCUGUUUUAGAAGUACUUUUCGUCAAUCAUUUUGGAAGUGAAAUAGCAGAAGAAGCUUUUACAAGGACGAUUCUCAAAAGUGAUGAAAUUUCAAUAUGGAUGAAAACGAAUUACCAGAAAGCAUGUCAGUUAUUUGUCGCUUUGAAGCGUAAAUAAGUUUCUGUGAAGAAAUCUAUAUAGUAUAUAAUUUCAGGUCUAUUGAGUGAUGUGACACGUUUCAUAGACAGAAAUUAUUAUUUGUGUGUUUUCUAAUAUUUUUGACCUUUUCAUCGUAUCUUUCACUUAAUGUGUUCUACAAAGAAAAUUGAAAAGUUUAUUUAUUAAUGUUUUAGAUAUCCUUAGCAGUUUAGUUUUAUUAACCCAUUUUACUCCAAUUGUCAAUAUAUGAUAUAAUUCAGGUCUAUGGAGAGAUAAUUAUGGCAAGUUUCACCAACAUGGGUUGUGGUGCAGUGGAUGAGGCUGCUCUACCCUUAACCAGAGGUCGAGGGUUCGACCCUGGGUAUGGAGAAAACUCUGUUGGGAGCGCUGCCACCUUAAUGUGCCCUUCAACGCACGAUCCAAAUUAGUCGAGGCUCCAAUGGAGGCACCAAACAUCGGAUGGGAAACCAAAAAAAAAACUAUGGCACG